AUGAAGGAUUGUGGUUCAAUAAGAUCAACUAUACUAGGUUUUAACUGCAUUACACCGCCGAUGGUGUCUCCAAAUGUAAAUAUAACGUUCUGGCUGUAUACAAGAGAAAAUGAAGAUAAACCACACCAACUACAGGCUGUGGACACGAAUUCCAUUAAAUCAGCUCCUUGGGUUCCUGACGCACCGAUCAAGGUUCUGAUCCAUGGCUAUACAGGUCAUAAGGAUUUUUCACCCAACACAGAAAUAAGACCAGCCUACAUGAAAUGCUGCAACUUUAAUAUAAUAUCAGUGGACUACAGCCCACUAGCCCGAGAAGAAUGCUACAUAGAAGCGGCUCGUAACACUGAGUUGGUAGGCAUAUGCACCGCCCAACUGAUCGACCAACUAGUCCAGAGACAUGGCUUCGACCUUUCGCGGUUCCACAUUAUAGGAUUCAGUCUCGGCGGACAAGCGGCUGGCUUCUUAGGCGGAUAUGUCACAUCUGGAAAGUUGAACAGACUCACUGCACUAGAUCCUGCAAAGCCAUUAUUUGUCACUUUUGACAAGAACAAGAAACUAGACAAAGGAGACGCAAAUUUUGUGGAUGUUCUUCAUACGAAUGCUCUGAACAAGGGAAAAUUGGAAACGAGUGGCCAUGUCGACUUUUAUGCCAAUGGGGGAAUCACACAGCCUGGCUGCAAAGAUACCGACGAACAAAGCAAAUCAAGUUGUAACCACGCCAGAGCGCCGCAGUACUAUGCAGAGUCCAUAACCUCUGACGUAGGGUUCUAUGCAACCAAGUGCCACGCCUGGGUCAGCUACAUGAUCGGCUUGUGCGGUUUGUUCAAGUCUACCGACGAGGUCAUAUACGGUGAAUAUGUUCCUAAAAAUGCACGCGGGUUAUAUUUCUUUAGUACAAACUCGGAGUCGCCUUAUGCGCAAGGAUGCAAUCAGAAGAGUGAAAAAAAAUGUUCAAGUAAAUAA